AUGGGUGACAUUAUACAAUGUAAAACAAGUGAUUAUAUUUUUUAUACACAGAAAAACAAUAUUCAAUUGAUUAAUCCUUCAAUUUCUAUUCAAGCUCAAUUAUGUUAUACAGGACAUAAUUCAAUAAUAAAUUCAAUUGAUUUAAAUGAUCAACAUAUGUCAUCUGUAUCAAAUAUAAUCACAAUACAUGAUAUAUUGGAAACUAAGCCAAUUAGAAGGAUUUAUCCUCAGGAGAAUAAAUUUCAAAUCAAUCAAGUUAAAUAUUUAAAUCAAGAUUUAAUUUCCACAAUUGAUGAUAAUCAAUGUUUAAAAAUUUAUGAUUUAAGACAAGAUCAAUUUUAUAAACCAAUUCAAGAAUAUUCACACCCUAAGGAUUCAAUUAAUUGUAUGGAUCAUAAAUUAGAGGACUUUAAGAUUAUUUGUGGUUCAAAUGAUGGUUCAUUAUAUUCAUAUGAUUUAAGACAAGGUUUAGUAAUUAUAGAUCCAUUAGAAACACCAAUAACUGCAUUGAAGAUCCAAAAUGAUAAACUUUUGGUUAAUAGAUUGAAUAACAAUGCACUCCUCAUCAAUUUAUCUUCUAAUGAACAAUUAGACUUACACAAGACAUGGGAUAAAGAGUAUAAAUGUUGUGUUGAGAUAUUUAAUAAUACUCUUUUCGUCGGGACAGAACAAGGUCAGUUGAACCAAUACAAUCUAGAAGGUACCCUGAUAAACACCAUCACAACUAAUGGAAUCCCUAGUACAAUAACAACUGAUCAUGAUUCCAAUUCCUUAAUAAUUGGUUCAAAUUACAUCAGACAAAUCCCAAAUAGGAAAUAUCAGCAUAAAUCUUCAUCUCCAGAGCCUAAAAAACCUUCAUUACCUCAAUAUAAAGAAUUAUUACCAAGAUUUAUUAUUAAAGAAUUGAUUGGUGAAGGUGCUUUUUCAAAAGUUUAUAAAGCUCUUGAUUCAGAUUUAAAUAUUGAAGUUGCAAUUAAAGUUAUUGAUAAAAAUUCAAUGAAUAAAUCACAACUUGAUUCAAUCUUAAAAGAAAUUAGUAUAAUGAGAAGAUUAAAUCAUCCAAAUAUUAUUAAAUUUAUAAAUUAUAUUCAAACUUCAUCAAAAACUUUUUUAAUAUUAGAAUUAUUAAAUGGUGGUGAAAUUUUUAAUAAAAUUGUGGAAUUAACUUAUUUUAGUGAAGAUUUAUCAAAACAUGUCCUAAUACAAAUUGUUAAUUCUGUUAAAUAUUUACAUGAUGAAGUUGGUGUUGUUCAUCGUGAUAUAAAACCUGAAAAUUUAUUAUUUGAAUCAAUUCAAUAUAUCCCCUCCACAGAUCCAAUUUCAAAAUUAAGAAAAUCUGAUGAUGAAACUAAAAAAGAUGAAGGUGAAUUUACAAAUGGUAUUGGUGGUGGUACAAUUGGUACAGUUAAAUUAGCAGAUUUUGGAUUAUCAAAAGUUUUAUUUGAUCAAGCAACAACUAAAACUCCAUGUGGUACUGCAUCAUACACGGCACCUGAAAUUAUUAAAGAUGAAGCAUAUUCAAAAUCUGUUGAUAUGUGGGGUGUUGGUUGUGUCCUAUAUACAUUAUUAUGUGGUUUCCCACCAUUUUAUGAUUCAAAUCCAGAAGAAUUAACUAAAAAAGUUGCAAGAGGUGAAUAUUGCUUUUUAUCACCAUGGUGGGAUGAAAUCUCACAGGAAGCUAAAGAUCUUGUAAGUCAUUUACUCACGGUAGAUCCAAGAAAGAGAUAUGGACCUGAUCAAGUAUUGAAACAUCCUUGGAUCACAGGAGAAAAGGAAUUAAGUAUACCCGCUGUUGAUGCACCAAAACCAUUUACAACAAAAGGUUUAAAAUUUGAAGAAGUUAUACCUAAAAUGGCUUCAUCAUUACAAAAUAAUGGUCCUUUAAGUCCAAGAGCUGAAGCUAUGAAACGUGCAUUAGAUACAGGUAUUUCCAUACAAAGAAUUGGUACACCAUUAAGAAGAUUAGUUGAUGAUUAUUUUAAUGAAGAAGAUGAACAAGGUAUUUCAUCAAAUUCUUCUUCAGAUGAUGAUGAAGAAGAUGAAGAAGAUGAUGAUGAAGGGGAUGAAGAUGAUUCAGAUGAAGAAGUUGGAAGUUAUACAUAUCAAAAUAAGUAUUCAAUGUCUCCAUAUCAUUGUAAAAGAAAAAAUGAAAAAAGUUCAAAUAUGAGAUUUAAAGAAUUUGAUACUUUUAAUUUAAGAUUUGAUGAUAAUACAAUGUUGAAUAGACGGAAAUUAAAUAAUGAUAAAAAAUUAAGGGCAUGA